GAGGUGAGAGGGCUAUUCACAGCCAUUCAAUCCCUUAAGAAAACCAUUUGCAGAGAAACUCUUGUGGGUUAUUCUUCUUCUUCUUCUCCUCUCCAUGGCUUCGAGAAUUGCAGAUUCUCUCUUCGCCUUCACGGGCCCACAACAAUGUCUUCCUAGGGUUCCUCAAGUUGCUCAUUCUCGUCUUUCUCCAGGUGUGUAUGCUGUGAGACCUAUUGAUCUUCUGUUAAAGGGAAAGACACAUAGAAGGAGAACGUUCUUGGUUCCUGGGAAGAAAAGGGUUGGAUGUAUAAAAGCGGUGGCUGUUCCAGCAGCACCUCCUUCAGCUGACAGUGCAGAAGAGAGGGAACAGUUAGCAGAAAGCUAUGGGUUCAAACAAAUUGGACAAGAUCUUCCUGAUAAUGUCACUUUAAAAGAUAUCAUGGAUACUCUUCCCAAAGAGGUGUUUGAGAUUGAUGAUGUGAAAGCUUGGAAGUCUGUGUUGGUAUCUGUGACUUCCUACGCGUUGGGGCUCUUCAUGAUUGCCAAAGCUCCUUGGUAUCUGCUUCCCUUGGCUUGGGCAUGGACAGGAACUGCUGUUACAGGGUUCUUUGUGAUAGGACAUGAUUGUGCUCAUAAAUCAUUUUCAAAGAACAAAUUGGUUGAAGACAUUGUGGGUACUCUAGCCUUCCUACCUCUCGUAUACCCCUAUGAGCCAUGGAGGUUUAAACAUGACCGUCAUCACGCCAAAACCAACAUGUUAGUUCAUGACACAGCUUGGCAACCAGUUCCACCAGAGGAGUUUGAUUCAUCACCCAUUCUGCGAAAAGCGAUCAUUCUUGGAUAUGGUCCAAUCAGGCCUUGGUUGUCUAUAGCUCACUGGGUGAACUGGCACUUCAACUUGAGAAAGUUCAGACCAAGCGAAGUGAAUAGGGUGAAGAUAAGUUUGGCUUGUGUUUUCGCCUUUAUGGCCGUUGGGUGGCCACUGAUCAUAUACAAAGUUGGCAUAUUGGGAUGGGUGAAGUUCUGGUUGAUGCCAUGGUUGGGCUAUCACUUUUGGAUGAGCACGUUCACGAUGGUUCAUCAUACAGCUCCACACAUUCCUUUCAAGCCUGCUGAUGAGUGGAAUGCAGCUCAGGCCCAGCUCAAUGGAACCGUUCAUUGUGAUUAUCCUAGUUGGAUUGAGAUUCUUUGCCAUGAUAUCAAUGUACACAUCCCACAUCACAUUAGCCCAAGGAUACCGAGCUACAAUCUCCGUGCGGCUCAUGAGUCUAUACAAGAGAACUGGGGAAAGUAUACAAACUUGGCUACAUGGAACUGGCGCUUGAUGAAGACAAUAAUGACUGUGUGCCAUGUCUAUGACAAAGAGGAGAACUACGUUCCUUUUGACAGAUUAGCCCCAGAGGAGUCGCAGCCAAUAACAUUCCUCAAGAAAGCAAUGCCUGACUACGCAGCUUGAUUGCCUCUGUAUUGGUAUUUUAAAAAAUCUCAAUAUCUUUUUUUUUGCACUCGCCAAUGUUAUAUGUAACGUUGCACCAACGCUUUAUACUGUAUCUUGUUCCGAAACUUAUCAGCAGAGAGUAAACUGGAGGGUCUAAUUGCAAGUCCUUGAUCAGUGUCUUAGCUAGAAGAAGUCAGAUUAAAGAGUCUAAACAGACAAAAACAUCAUUGUCAUACCACCAUGAAAGCUAUCUUUGCU